CGACCGUCCAGCGGGAGGCGGAGCGAGCCCAAAAUGGCGGCUCUCAGGCUGGCGCGCUCCGUGCUGCUGGCGCUUUGAGGUGGUCGCCAGGGGUCGGGGGGACGAUUUCCCCGCCGCGGGGGCCCUAGAGGAUGAAUCGAGGGCUCUGCUAAGGUUAGGCGGUGGGGGUGGAGAGAGUGGCAGCAAGGGCUGCGGUGGAGUCCACGGAGCGGGAUGUGCGAGAGUUACUCCAGGUCGUUGUUGAGGGUCUCGGUGGCGCAGAUCUGCCAGGCGCUGGGCUGGGACUCGGUGCAACUCAGCGCCUGCCACCUCCUCACGGACGUGCUGCAGCGCUAUCUGCAGCAGUUGGGACGGGGCUGCCAUCGGUACUCUGAGCUGUAUGGCCGGACAGACCCAAUUUUGGAUGACGUUGGUGAAGCUUUCCAGCUUAUGGGGGUCAGUCUUCAUGAACUAGAAGACUAUAUUCACAAUAUUGAACCUGUGACUUUCCCACAUCAAAUUCCUUCAUUUCCUGUUAGUAAGAACAAUGUCCUUCAAUUUCCUCAACCUGGAAGUAAAGAUGCAGAGGAAAGAAAAGAAUACAUUCCUGAUUACAUGCCACCCAUUGUGUCUUCACAAGAAGAAGAAGAAGAGGAACAGGUGCCCACUGACGGCGGCACGUCCGCAGAAGCCAUGCAGGUUCCCUUGGAAGGGGAUGAUGAACUGGAGGAGGAGGAAAUUAUUAAUGAUGAGAAUUUCUUGGGUAAGAGACCGCUGGAUAGUCCCGAAGCUGAGGAAAUGCCCGCCAUCAAGCGACCACGGCUGUUAAGCACUAAGGGGGACACUCUGGACGUAGUAGUGUUGGAAGCGCGAGAGCCCCUCAGCUCGAUAAAUACCCAGAAGAUUCCGCCGAUGCUCUCUCCGGUCCACGCCCAGGACAGUGCAGACCUAGCCCCUCCGUCGCCGGAGCCACCGAUGUUGGCACCGGUCGCAAAAUCACAAAUGCCAAUCACAAAACCAUUAGAAACAAAGUCAUUUACACCGAAAACAAAGACUAAAACUAGUUCUCCGGGACAGAAAACUAAAUCACCGAAAACGACGCAGUCACCAGCCAUGGUCGGAAGUCCUAUUCGGUCACCAAAAACUAUAUCCAAAGAGAAGAAGUCUCCUGGUCGCUCCAAGAGCCCCAAAAGCCCCAAGAGUCCCAAGGUGAUGACUCAUACUCCCCAAGUACCUGUCAGACCGGAAACACCGAACAGGACUCCUUCAGCUAUGAUAAGUGAAAAACUGAGUAAAGACACCAUUCAGGUAAAACAGAUACAGACCCCGCCAGAUCCUGGGAAACUCAACAACGAGAACCAGCCGAAGAAGGCGGUCGUGACGGAUAGAACGAUCGACGACUCUAUCAACGCCGUGAUCGCACGGGCUUGCGCCGAACGGGAGCCAGACCCUUUCGAAUUUUCUUCUGGAUCAGAAUCCGAAGGAGACAUUUUUACCAGCCCUAAGAGGAUUUCAGGUUCCGAAUGUACGACUCCAAAAGCUUCCACCUCCUCCAACAAUUUCACGAAGUCAGGAUCCACUCCUCUGCCUCUUUCAGGCGGAACUUCAAGUUCUGACAAUUCGUGGACCAUGGACGCGUCCAUUGACGAGGUUGUGCGGAAAGCAAAACUGGGAGCCCCUCCCGCCAUGCCUCCUGCCUUUCCCUACAUCUCUUCUCCUUCCAUCUCUCCUCCUACCCCCGAACCGCUGCACAAGGUGUACGAGGAGAAAACCAAGCUGCCUUCCUCCGUGGAAGUCAAGAAGAAGUUGAAAAAGGAACUGAAAACCAAAAUGAAGAAGAAAGAGAAGCAGCGAGAUAAGGAGCGGGAGAGAGACAGAAGCAAAGAGAAGAAUAAAGAGAAGGACAAGGGGAAGGACAAGGAGGGCGGCAAGGAGACCAAGUACCCCUGGAAGGAGUUGCUUAAAGACGAAGAGCCAGAUCCCUACAAGUUGAAAAUAAAAGAAUUCGAGGACGUUGAUCCAAAAGUGCGAUUGAAAGACGGCAUCGUGAGGAAGGAGAGAGAGAAGCAUAAAGACAAGAAGAAAGACAGAGACCGGGGCCGAAGGGAUAAAGAUAAGAGAGACCGCGAGAAGGUUAAAGAGAAGGGGCGGGACGAGAGGCCCAGAGUGGCCCCCGGGCCCCUGGUGCUGCCCCCGAAGGAUGCGCCGCUACCCUUGUUCAGCCCUGCGGCGGCCGCCAGGGUCCCCAGUGCGCUGCCUCCUCUGUCGUCGGUGCUCCCGGAAAAACUGUUCGAAGACAAAGAGAAGCCCAAGGAGAGAGAACGAAAAAAGGACAAAAAAGAGAAGAAGAAGAAGAAGGAGAAAGAGAAGGAGAAGGAGAAGAAAGACAGAGAGAGGGAGAGAGAGAAGAGGGAGCGCGAGAAGAGGGAGCGGGAGAAGGACAAGCACAGGCAUGAAAAAAUCAAAGUGGAGCCCGUUGUCCCGGCCCCAAGUCCGGUCAUCCCCCGACUGACUCUCAGAGUUGGUGCCGGCCAAGACAAGAUCGUCAUCAGCAAAGUGGUCCCAGCCCCUGAAGCUAAGCCGGCCCCUUCGCUGAGUCGACCCAAGACCCCGCCACCCGCCGCAGCCCCUGCCCCUGUCCCCAUGCAUGUCGCCCCCGCGCCGGUGCCUUCACCGCUCCUCACGCAGUCCGCCGUGGCCCCCGCUCUGAUGCCAGCCCCGUCCCCAGCCGUCUCGGGAGCCGGAACAUCCAAAGCGCCGGUCCGAAGCGUGGUCACAGAGACCGUCAGCACUUACGUGAUCCGAGAUGAGUGGGGGAAUCAGAUCUGGAUCUGCCCCGGAUGCAACAAGCCGGACGAUGGGAGUCCCAUGAUCGGCUGUGACGACUGUGACGACUGGUAUCACUGGCCCUGUGUCGGAAUAAUGGCUGCGCCGCCGGAGGAAAUGCAGUGGUUCUGCCCCAAGUGUGCCAACAAGAAGAAGGAUAAGAAGCACAAAAAGAGAAAGCACCGGGCACACUGACGUGUCCCGCAGCGGGGACGAGCGGCACCGCCUCGGAGGGGAGUUGGGGCCGGUCCGGCAUCCUGCCAGCGCCCCACAUUCCCGCAGGGAGCGGGUCUCGGAAGCCCGAGGACGAGAACACCCCGUCCACCUGGGGACCAAGCCCCGCGACAGACCGGCCUGGGCGGCCCUGGCCCUGUGACAGCAGAUGGACUCCAGGAGAGCCGUGGCUCAGGACCGCCACGCCCCCGCUUUUCUAUGACCAGUGACAAGUAUUAUUAAUAAACAGACCGUCAUCUUCC